UCUACAUUAACACAUAUACUGCACUGGUGUUUAUAGCAAAAAAAAAAAAAAAAAAAGAAAAAGAAAACCCUAAUAUUAGCGUAUACUUAGCUUGUUCCGAUGCUUGCAAUACCAACACAGUAAAGGUAUAUGUUGUAACUAAUAUGAAUUCCAUGCAAACCAGCUUCUUUCUACAGCCCCAGGAGGAUCAUUUGGUGAUGUAACUUCCGUUGUCCAGGUCUAAGCACCUCUUCUACAGUCCCAGUAUCUUUCUUUCGGUCCAAACUUUUACAGUGAGAGCGCUGAGCUUUGUGGUGUAUUGCUUGCAGUGUAAUGAAUGUGGAUCUUGCUGUUUUGUUCCAUUGGGGCGCAUUGAUCGCCGGGCUUAUUCUAACGAAGCUGAGGAGGUCCCGCAGUGAAGACAAAGUGAAUGAUCGUGUAAAGUGAAACCGCUUCCAAACAUAAUGCAGGCACUGUUCAGCGCCCUGAACCUUCUGUUUUUGCUGAUGCUAUUCGGAUUUUAUCCGUCUAUGACUAUUGGUCCAAAGGAAGGCUGGCAGGUGUACAGUUCAGCUCAAGACCCAGAUGGUCGCUGUAUUUGUACAGUGGUGGCCCCUGAACAAAACCUCUGUUCCAGAGAUGCAAAGAGCAAACAACUACGUCAGCUUCUGGAGAAGGUCCAGAAUAUGUCACAGUCUAUAGAAGUAUUAAACCUACGAACACAGAGAGAUUUUCAGUAUGUUUUGAAAAUGGAGACCCAGAUGACAGGACUAAAAAACAAAUUUCGACAAAUAGAGGAUGACCGAAAAACACUCAUGACAAAACAUUUUCAGGACCUUAAGGAAAAGAUGGAUGAACUGCAGCCUCUAAUCCCAGUUUUGGAGCAAUAUAAAACAGAUGCCAAAUUAAUCGUGCAGUUCAAAGAGGAGAUCCGGAAUCUGACUGCAGUUCUCACAGCAAUCCAGGAGGAGAUUGGAGCAUAUGACUAUGAGGAACUGCACCAGCGUGUGAUCAGUUUGGAAACAAGGUUACGAAGCUGUAUGACAAAACUGACAUGUGGAAAAUUAAUGAAAAUCACUGGACCUAUUACAAUCAAGACAUCUGGAACGAGAUUCGGAGCAUGGAUGACUGACCCAUUAGCAUCUGAAAGAAAUAAUCGGGUUUGGUACAUGGACAGUUACACCAACAACAAAAUCGUUCGAGAAUUCAAGUCUAUCUCAGACUUUGCGAGCGGUGCAGAGUCAAGGACCUACAACCUCCCGUUCAAAUGGGCUGGCACAAAUCAUGUUGUUUACAACGGCUCUCUGUACUAUAACAAAUACCAGAGCAACAUUGUCAUUAAGUACAGCUUCGACACCGGCAGGGUCCUUGCCCAACGUGCCCUGGAGUAUGCUGGCUUCCAUAAUGUCUACCCGUACACCUGGGGAGGGUUCUCAGACAUUGACUUUAUGGCUGAUGAGAUAGGCCUUUGGGCCGUGUAUGCUACCAACCAAAAUGCUGGCAACAUUGUCAUUAGCCAGAUUGAUGCACAAACAUUGGAAGUGCUCCAGAGCUGGAGCACUGGCUAUCCUAAAAGAAGUGCAGGAGAGUCAUUUAUGAUCUGUGGGACACUGUAUGUUACUAAUUCCCAUUUAACAGGAGCAAAGAUUUACUACUCCUACUCUACAAAGGCUUCAACGUAUGAAUAUAUAGAUAUUCCUUUCCAUAAUCAGUACUUUCACAUUUCCAUGCUAGAUUAUAAUUCCAGGGACAGGGCUCUUUACGCCUGGAAUAACGGACACCAAGUAUUGUUCAACGUAACACUUUUUCACAUCAUUAAAACGGAUGACAUGUAGACCAUUAUUUUUUUGCACAGCAAAAAUAAUUUGUGAUAAUGACCAACUUUACAUUUUUUUCCCUUGUUCCUCGAUGAUGAUAAUGCCUUUUCUACUUAUUUUUCGGCUCAUAAAAUAUUAGAAUCAAACAGUCCUCUACUUCAAAUAUGUGUAAAUCAAAAGACUGUAAUCAUUGGAACCAUGGUUUGAAAAACAAGCCUGCCUUGUUUAAGCCAGAGGCUAAUAGUAGCUUUUGAGCAUGAAUGUCAAGGGUUUUGUUGUUUCUGCUCUUCUCUGUCUGCAGCUAACAAUGUUUUUAGUAGUGGCUAUUAUGUUUUAGCUCAGAACCUUUGUUCUUCAGAAUUAUUUUGUUUAGUGUAAAAAUAUUUGUGUCCAAAAAGUUGAUCAAUAGAUUCUUCUCCAAGAUAGACAUGUUUUCAAUCAUUGCAGUAACUAUUGUAUUUUGUCAAUGUCUCUGUGAGAAUCAUCUCAGUAUUAUUUUUUAUAAAACAUAGUGAAAUUGAA